AAAAUCAGUUUCGAGCUGUCAAGCAAACGAGCAGCAUCAACCAGCAGCAGCAGUGUUACGCAUGCGCAUUAGACAAAUAUCAACAAAAGAAAAAAGAACUUGACCAAAAUACUUUGAUAAAUACAAAAAAAUAAAAGUACUAGAAAUAGAAACUUGUACAGUUUAACAGUGCGUGUUGUGUGUGUUAUACUUACUCUGACCAACGGAUUAUAUUAAAAACAAAUACCACAAAAAAGUAAUAAUAAUAAUAAUAACAAAUCAUGGCUGUAUCAGCACUCAAUAUGACACCCUAUUUCGCUGGAUAUCCCUUUCAAGGACAAGGACGCGUCAAUCAACUUGGCGGCGUCUUCAUUAAUGGUCGCCCUCUGCCCAAUCACAUUCGCCGCCAGAUCGUGGAAAUGGCCGCAGCUGGAGUGCGUCCUUGCGUCAUCUCUAGGCAAUUGCGAGUCUCGCAUGGCUGUGUCUCCAAGAUUCUUAAUCGCUUCCAGGAAACGGGUUCCAUCCGCCCAGGCGUGAUCGGUGGCAGCAAGCCACGUGUUGCCACACCCGAUAUUGAGGCCAGAAUCGAGGAGCUCAAACAGUCGCAGCCGGGCAUCUUCAGUUGGGAAAUCCGCGCCAAGCUCAUUGAGGCGGGCGUCUGCGACAAGCAGAAUGCCCCAUCAGUCAGCUCCAUUUCCCGUCUGCUACGUGCCACCUCCGGCUCCGGUUCGGGCCAUGGCACUGGCUCCCACAGCAUCGAUGGCAUCUUGGGCGGCGGCGCUGUCUCUGCCGGCAGCGAGGAUGAGAGCGAGGAUGACACUGAGCCCAGUGUGCAGUUGAAGCGCAAGCAGCGUCGCUCCCGCACCACCUUCUCCAAUGACCAGAUUGAUGCUCUGGAGCGUAUCUUUGCACGCACUCAGUACCCUGAUGUCUACACCAGGGAGGAGUUGGCCCAGAGCACUGGCCUGACCGAGGCACGUGUCCAGGUCUGGUUCUCCAAUCGUCGUGCCCGUCUACGCAAGCAGCUCAACACCCAGCAAGUGCCCAGCUUUGGAAACAGCUCCGCGGCCACAACAUACGGAUCAGGUGGCGCCGCUGCACCCAACAUGGGCAUGGGACUCUACAGCACGCAGUCGUGGCCAGCUGCCAGUGGUGCUGCCUAUGAAACACAUGCCGGAUACGGUGGCUCUGUGGCCUCCAUGUCGCCAGCCAGCAGCAGCGGCAGCAGCUCCGCAGCCCACAGUCCCGUGCAGUCACAGUCCCAGACUCAGGCCAUCUCUGGGGGCAACUUCAUGAACUCCGCCUAUGGCAUGGGCACCACUACUGCCAGUUAUCCCACCUCUGCUGGCGCCUCUGCCGCCGCCUACUCCAUGCCCACAACCGCCGCCAGCUCUGCCGAGCAACUCCGUUCGCAGUUCGCCUCCGCAGCUGCAUCAGGAUCACAUCAUCCUUCGUCCUGGGACAGCUACAACUUUGCCGGCUCCUUCUUCCCCAGCGCCAGUGGCAACCACAUGGGUGGCUACCAUCAAUCCGUUGCAGCCGAACAGAAGAGCUCCAUGGCGCCAGCUGCUCCCGCUUAUCCAUACUUUGGAUUCUAGGCUAAUGUCAACAUUGCACCACCUCCCAGUUUUAAGUUAAUUUCAAUGCCUGUUUCUCUAGUAGCUGGUUCUAUUUCAUACUAGAAUUUGUAAGAUCUGUGCCUGCUUUUUGUUUUUGUUUCAUUUACUGAUCGCAAAGUAUUAAGUUAAGACCCUAAGACUGUUUAAUGUAAGUUUAAAUAUUAAUGAAAGAUUUUGUAAUUACAAUAAAUAAGAAAUGACU